AUGAAUCCCCUUCCGGCCGCCUCCGAUGGAACCGAGAGCGUGCCCAACGCCGAUGGAGCCACAAGCGUGCAGGAGGUUGUGCCUCGAAUCGCCCUCGGACCGCCGUCCCAAAGAACAUGUUCUACUUGCGAUUCUCAGAAGUUGAUCGACCUCCGGGGAUUAGUUGGGCUGAUUGACGUCGCCCGUUCCACAGGUGGUUCCGGCCCUCUGAUCCGCAUCGCCGGUACUAGUUCUCCUGGCUACGCCAUCUGCAAGAAGGCACCACGGGAGCUCCCGGGGCUGAUUGACGUCGCCCGUUCCCAAAGAGGUUCCGGUUCCAUGAUCCAGCGGCCGCAGCUGCCACCGCCGCGCUGGUCCCUCAGAGAUUCCUUAAGCGACCCCCUCUUCGAGAUUUUUGCGGUAUAUACAUAUUUCCCUCUCAUUGGCGAAGUAUUGGUCUUCAAUGGCAUGGCCACACAGAUCAUCAGCCAGAGCAAGAGUGUGGAUGCGUUUAAUUCAAGCAAAGCGCAAUGGGAAUUAAAACAUCCCAGAACUAAACAUGUUUUCAGGAUGGAGCUGCCUCCUACGGGGCCAUCUAGGUACAUCUCAGCCGAAUCAGGCGUUCUCCUUCAAGUGAAGAUUGACGCAACUGAGAAUGAACCUGUGGAGGUAUCCAACAAGCUGGUGGAUUGGUUCAAUUCGCCCAUGUCUGACAAAUGCAAGUCUGUCACCAUCCAAACAAGCAAAGGCAAAGUAGAUGUGUUAUGCGCGGUGAUAAAUGAUGCUGUGGAGGUCACCCUGAGUGUAUGGCUGUGCAUACCAUGUGAGCUAUGCUCCAGUAGUAUACACGGUUCCAUCACCGCGCACACAGACAUAUUUCAUCGUGAUAUCACCGUAUUCACCAGAGCUGCCAAUUCAGGUGUUAAUCCUCUACAGCGUGUUGCCCAUCCAGUACCGCCCUCUCUCUGCGAUGAAUCGCACCGCCAUGUGUGCCUCCCAUUGGUGCGGCCUUUCCUUGCCGUGCCUAUUCAAGCGACUCGCUUAGAGUUUAAGGGGUCCCUGACGAUAGGGAAAUCCAAAACCCUGAGUAUCAAGGAAACCGUUCUUCUCAAUGCGGAGGAUAUUUCGAGCGAGUGGUUCAAGCAUGAAGAUGAAGAUUGCUAUACUAGGCUGUCCCUGUCUAUUAGGUGGGCUCGCUAG